AAAGAAAAGUAAUUUGAAGAAAAUAUUAAAAAAAGAAAAAAGAAAAAGAAGAAAACAAGAGGAGGAGUAAUUCAAAUUUCGAUUUUGUGGUAUCCAAUAAGGUAUGGAGGAUUGAGUAAGCGAAGAAGAAUGACAUAGCUGGCAAAGAAGAGAAGGGUUGAUACUUGAUUUGAUGGUGUCCUUCUAAAGAUCGUUUCUUUCAACAACGCCAACGUGUUAGAGAGAAAGAGAGAAUCAUUGUUUGAACUGGGUUUUUCUUAGAGUGGAGAUCUGGUGCUUCCUUCGUGGAAAUGAGCGCUUCUAGGUUCAUCAAGUGCGUUACGGUCGGUGAUGGUGCUGUUGGCAAAACCUGCAUGCUUAUUUCAUAUACCAGCAACACUUUUCCUACGGACUAUGUACCAACCGUGUUUGAUAAUUUCAGUGCUAAUGUUGUUGUGGAUGGAAGCACUGUCAACCUAGGAUUAUGGGAUACUGCAGGUCAGGAGGAUUACAACAGGUUAAGACCCUUGAGCUAUCGAGGGGCAGAUGUUUUUAUACUUGCCUUUUCUCUCAUAAGCAAGGCCAGCUAUGAAAACGUCGCCAAGAAGUGGAUUCCCGAACUCAGGCAUUAUGCGCCAGGUGUUCCAAUCAUUCUUGUUGGAACAAAGCUCGAUCUGCGAGAUGAUAAACAAUUUUUUGUUGACCAUCCUGGCGCGGCAUCCAUUAGUACAGCUCUGGGUGAGGAAUUGAGGAAACUGAUUGGAGCUCCUGCGUACAUUGAGUGCAGUUCAAAAACCCAACAAAAUGUGAAGGCUGUCUUUGACGCAGCUAUUAAGGUGGUUCUCCAGCCACCAAAACAGAAGAAGAAGAAGAAAAAGGCACAAAAGGCUUGCUCGAUAUUAUGAUCUGAUUGGUUAAGAAUUAGAUUUGACCUAAAGAUACAAUGACUCGCCAGCCUUUCUUUGUCAGUCUUUUAUCCUUUAUGUUCGCCAUUGUGUAUGUAUAUUCUUUGAUUGACAUUCUGGGAUUCAUGUGAAAGUUUGGAAUUGAUUUGUUUCACUGUUGUUGUUCCAAACGGAUACUGAUGAGAAGAUUCCUUGUUAACAAGUAUGGCAUCUCUCUAAGUUUGCCUAUGUAUUAACCAGAACUAUUAUCAACAGUCGUAUUAUUAAAAGAUGAAGUCGGUUUCUAUGUUUAUAAUUUCCA